GAAGCAGGGCGCCUGGGGCACCGCCUCCACUGCCUGCCCUCCCCCGCCACUCCUACUGGCUGGGCAAAUCCCAGCGUCUCAGCCGCCUAAGUGUCUUCCCCGGAGAUGAGAUUAUCUCAGCCUGUGCUGGACACCGCCUUUUCUCCUCCAACUUUUCCUCCUCCAACCAUGGAUGCCGCUUUGCUCCUGAACGUGGAAGGGGUCAAGAAGACCAUUCUGCACGGGGGCACGGGCGAACUCCCAAACUUCAUCACCGGAUCCCGAGUGAUCUUUCAUUUCCGCACCAUGAAAUGUGAUGAGGAGCGGACGGUGAUUGACGACAGCAGGAAGGUGGGCCAGCCCAUGCACAUCAUCGUCGGGAACAUGUUCAAGCUGGAGGUCUGGGAGAUCCUGCUCACCUCCAUGCGGGUGCACGAGGUGGCCGAGUUCUGGUGCGACACCAUCCACACGGGGGUCUACCCCAUCCUGUCCCGGAGCCUGCGGCAGAUGGCCCAGGGCAAGGACCCGACGGAGUGGCACGUGCACACGUGUGGGCUGGCCAACAUGUUCGCCUACCACACACUGGGCUAUGAGGACCUGGAUGAGCUGCAGAAGGAGCCUCAGCCUCUGAUCUUUGUGAUUGAGCUGCUGCAGGUUGACGCCCCGAGUGAUUACCAGAGGGAGACCUGGAACCUGAGCAAUCACGAGAAGAUGAAGGUGGUGCCCAUCCUCCAUGGAGAAGGAAAUCGGCUCUUCAAGCUGGGCCGCUACGAGGAGGCCUCUUCCAAGUACCAGGAGGCCAUCAUCUGCCUAAGGAACCUGCAGACCAAGGAGAAACCCUGGGAGGUGCAGUGGCUGAAGCUGGAGAAGAUGAUUAAUACCCUGAUCCUCAACUACUGCCAGUGCCUGCUGAAGAAGGAGGAGUACUACGAGGUGCUGGAGCACACCAGUGACAUUCUCCGGCACCACCCAGGCAUUGUGAAGGCCUACUAUGUGCGUGCCCGGGCUCACGCGGAGGUGUGGAACGAGGCCGAGGCCAAGGCAGACCUCCAGAAAGUGCUGGAGCUGGAGCCGUCCAUGCAGAAGGCGGUGCGCAGGGAGCUGAGGCUGCUGGAGAACCGCAUGGCGGAGAAGGAGGAGGAGGAGCGGCUGCGCUGCCGAAACAUGCUGAGCCAGCGGGCCACGAAGCCUCCAGCAGAGCCACCUGCAGAGCCACCUGCAGAGUCAUCUACAGAGCCACCCGCUGAGCCGCCCGAAGAGCCACCUGCAGAGUCACCUGCAGAGCCAUCCCUGUCCCCAGGGCACCCACUGCAGCACUGACCCCCUGAGGCCCACGGCCAGCCUGGCACCCAGGCAGGGAGCAAGUGGCCCAGUCACUUCCGGUUCAAUUGACCAGGAUUGUGGUGUUGCGUUUUGAAAUUUAAAAUUAAUCUUUGAAAUCAAAAUCAGACACGCCUAUGGUAAAAAAAAAAAAAAAUCCAAAGGGCACAGAAGAACUUAUGAAUGAAUAAAAGUGGUUUUCUCCCCUACCCGUCCCAUUUUUUCCGUGCCAUGGUUUUAA